AAUGGAUAUAAGAUUAGUUUGCUUUUAUGGAAAAGUUUUUUGUGAAGUUUUAUCUGGUUCACUUGAAAAAGCGAUUCUUGAUGUUCAUAAUAAAUUAAGAAGACAGGAAGGAGCAGCUGACAUGAAAAUUAUGUCUUGGAAUGGACCUUUGGCUAAUCAGGCUUCUAAAUGGGCCGAAAAAUGUCAUUUCGAACAUGGAUUCGACAAGACUGAAGGUGUUGAUGGCAGUGCUGGUCAAAAUUUGUUCAUUUCUGGCGGUUCGGGACAAUAUACUGAUAUGGAGGCAGUUGUUAAGGCUUGGUAUAAUGAGAAAAAAGAUUACAAUUACAAUAAGCUAUCGUGUAGUAAAGUUUGCGGUCAUUACACCCAAGUUGUUUGGGCAGACACUAAUCGUCUUGGUUGCGGUUAUAAAUACUGUUCCAAGUUAACCGAGGAUAAUGGAAAAGUUAAAAAUAAUGUACACUAUAUUGUCUGCAAUUAUUCUCCACCGGGAAAUUUCAAAGGGCAAAAACCUUUUAAGAAAGGUGAUGCAUGUUCACUCUGUUCAUCAGGCUCUGGAUGGUGUCGAGAUGGUUUAUGCGAUUCUUGCAGUUCUGCUUCCGGUGAUUGUACUUGUCCUCUCAAGUGUAAAAAUUGUGGUACACUAAAUUCAUCGAAUUGUAAAUGUAAGUGUUCUACUGGCUGGACUGGAGGUGAUUGUUCCGAGGAUUGUAAGGAUAAUCAUUCAAAGUGCGGUAAAAGUCCUGGUUAUCCAAAGUCGGUAUGCAAAAAUCCGACAAUAAUUGACUUUAUGAAGUCAAAUUAUGGAGGACAGAAAAUCUGCAAUGAUGCUUCCGAAAUGAAAAUAGGAAAGAUUGUCAUCAUUUUGUCCAUUUUAUUAGCAUAUAUUUAG